CUCUUCUUUCGUAAAUACUAGUGGCAACACCUUAUACUUGCUUCAUUAUUUACAUAUAUUUUCACGGUUUGACAAUUUUAUUAUCGAUUGUGUUUAGUCGUGUAAAGUGCAUAUAAAAGGAAUUUAAUUCAUAAAAUUGUCCGGAAGCAGUAAAAUAUAUUUAAACAAGCUUUUUUGUUUUUCUUGUGCAUUUGGGUUAAUUUUGAGAUAAAGUUAAAAUCUAAGUAUUGAAGUUAAAUUAUUAUACCAAAAAAGGUGGACUAAAAAGCGGCGAUAAUAUAGAAUGGUGAGAAUAUCCAAGCAAGGUAUACCAGCGGAAAGGCAAAGCGACCAAAAACGCAUAUAAAAAAAUAAAAAACUUAAAGGAAAGGGACCUUUCAGGCGUCGUCGUCGUUUUCUUGGUAUACAGAUUUGUAUUGCAAGCGGUACAACAACUUUGAAUACAUUACUAAAAUUUUGGAUUAGAAAUUUUUUUAUUACAUUGAUACAUAUAAUACACAAGUAAAUUGAACUGUGUACAAGUUUUCCCACAAAUUAAAUUAAAAAUUUCACUAUGACCAACAUGGAGAAGCAACAUGAAAUGGUAAAACGCAGUCUGGUGCAAUUCAUUAGUGCCCACAUUCCAGGAGCAGAUUUUAGUGUUGUGGACGAAAUAGUUUUGCAGUAUAUUAUUUCCAUUUUGGAGGAAGCUUCACAAGAUCCAUGCUUCGAUGUUGAGGACUUCGUCGAAAUGAUGGGCGCCUAUUUUGCCGAGUUUUCCUCAAUUGACCAGGGUAUUAUUUGCGAAUGGAUAUAUAAAUUGGCAAAUGAGUUGAACGAAAUGGAAAAGAAUCAAGGAAACCAAAGUUCCACAAAUUUAUCUUUGAAUUCUUUGAGUCUCUCUGAUAUUAUACCCGAAUCAAAGUUACGUGCACGUAAUGCUUCCAUUUCUGAAAAGGAUGAACACGCCAUAAAUGGCAGCGGUGCAGGUGGUGCCGGUCCCAAGCGUGCACAGCAUUUAUCAGAAACAAGUGAUGGUGGUUCUACUGAUAGCUCAACAUGCGAUUAUUAUUUAGACGAAGCCGAAGUUUUGCAAGAAAUGUUUCCAGACACAGCCUAUGUAGAGGUCAAACAUUGCAUUGCUAUAGCUAAAGGGGAUAUUGACAGUGCAACUCAAAUUCUAUUACAUCGCCAAGAGACAGGACAAAGCUUGACCGACAAGUCGAUUUCAAUUACUGGACGUAAAAAUAUUGUUGUAGAUGAUGCCGAACUAAAAAAUCGUAUUAUUGAGAGAUACUCAUACGUUGAUAAAAAUGCCACUCAGCGUGAAUACAAGCCAAUGGUACCGAAAUUCGAACCAAAGAAAUUGGUUCGCUAUAGAGAUAACAAGAUUGUUUCAUUGAAAGGCGAACGCUAUACUGAAGUUAAGCGCGACGAGGAAGCUGAGUUAAAAAAACCCAAAAAGCAACUUCAACCGUAACUAAAGUUUUUGAAAUCCUGCUAUAAGUAUUUUAUAAAAAAGUUAAAACAGCUGAAACAACAACAAAAGCAACCACAUCGCAAAUAUAACAAGCAACCGCUUCAACAUUUCAAUCACCAUUUGAUAUUAAAAAAUUUGAAACAAAUUAUCACUACUAUAUCAAUGAUAAUUGCACAUACAAGUGAACCCAUACUACCAAUAACACUAAAAAAACUACAUACUCUAAAAAGAACUAAACUAUUGGUUGAAAUACUUGAAAUCUCAACGACGGUUUACGAAAACCAACAAGUUACAAAUAUUGGCGUUAAAGCAACAAUUCCAUUAUUAAGGUCAUUAUUCUCCAAAAAUACAAUGCUCCCUAAGCGAUUUGCAAUGUGCAAAGCGCUCGAAUACCAACAUAAAACAAAUUCCAAUUUCGUAUUCUCAAACAUUUAUAACACGACAGCGAAGUGCAUUUCUAAUUUAGACUCUAGAUGUGAAACUUUUGUGAUUUCCAAUACUAUUACUAGGAUAAUUGAAUAUUUAUUAUACACUAAAUCUCACGGCCAUACGAAUUUUGUGUAUCGCUGCAUCUAUUUAUCCAAUAUUUUACAGCGUAAAAGUCAAAAUAGUUUUAUUAUAUUUAUUUGUAAUAUUACGUUUAUUUUUUAUUUAAUUUUUAUUUUAUUUAUUGAAUUAGCGUGGAACGUUUUUCAAAUAUCCUAUAAUUAUUUAGUAAUAUUUAUCGUUUUUGGCAAGCUACAACAAGAACAUAAAUUUAGUGUUAAUUUAAAAUUUUUAUGAGUUAAUAUUUUUUUACGAGAAAUAAGUUGAUUUUACAACUGUCGAUAUUUGCUACUACUAUUUAAUAGGAAAUUAUGACAAUGUUGGUACGCUGAUGGCUUUGCAUUGAGCUAGCAUUGUGAUAAAUGCAUAAGUGAAAAAGAGCAAACCAUCCGCAACAAAACGAUAUGUAUACAUAUGUAAAGCUUGAGUCUGCUACACGAAAUUAGAAUUUAUUUCAUACGCCUGCGGUGCCUAAGUUCAAUUAAAUUGCGGUUUUUAAGUGCAAUAGCGUGCUAUUAGUGUAUAUAAGUUACAAAAUAUAUGAUUUAAUUUAAAAUGUGUUAAAAAAAAAGUUAUUUAUAUCGUAUAUUUACAUAAAAAGAAAACAAACAAAAAUUUUGAAAUAAUAGUUUUUGUUCACGAAUUUCGGUUAAACUUCUCGCUAGCUAUUGUCUGAAGCCAACAAUUAAUUUCUUUUGCACUAAUCGGUUAAAGCGGCACUUACAUACAUAUGUAGAUAGAAAAUACGAUCGAUACACAUGUCUUUAAGACGCACGAGCUCAAAUAGACUUAUGAAUUUACCUAUAGCUAUGUUUAUAAUGCAAAUAUAGUAAUUUUUCAAGAUGAUGUUUUAUACUGUAUUUUAAUGUGUAAUUGAAUUGAAUGAUCGAAGUGUUAACAAAAUAUGGAUGAAAGAGCGAAGUGCGAAAAGAGAUGAAAUACGAACGAUUUAAAAAAGACAUGCCAUACAUAUACAAUACAUUAAUUAACAUUCGUAAAUCUACGCUUAAACUCAGUUUUUUUUAUAUUUAUUUCAAUUUAUUUUAUUGUUAAUAUUAUUUAUUUUUUUGUUCCAUGUUAUUGCAACAAAAUUUUAAGCUUAACAUAUAGAAGUUAUUACUGUUGGAAAGGCACAUGCUAAAUAACUCUUUUUUUGUGUGCUGGUGCAUAUAAAAAGCGUUAUUUUUUAAGCUAACACAGUUGACAUAUUCAGAUAGCGUUUAAAAUUAAUGUCACUUAGAGCCUUUCUGAAAAAUAACCAAUAUAUGUAAGGUGAACUGAAUUGAUUGAUUUGAACUUAUUUUACUAUAUACAAUUAAGAAAAAAAAAAACCUUAAUACCGAAAGCUAAAACUCAGUUAUUAAAGCAAAAGUUGCCAAAAAGUUGAAAUGAAAAGAAAAUAAAUGGAGAAAUCAAUAAAUCCUAAUAAUACUAGUCUCACAUCUAGAUGUAAAUAAAUGCGAUUUGCCAUUUUUGCUGGAUGAAUAAAUGUAUGAAUACGCGAAAUUGGGAGCACAUUGAUUUUAAGACACAGCAUUUGCUACCAUAAUACACCAAACACUCACAUAAACACACAUAAUACAGCAAUACACAAGAAUCUUGCAUAAACAAUGUGUUGUGCAGUGCAAACGCCAAUGCAUUUUGCAAGCGUUAUACGAAAAUUUAAACUCACUAAAAUUAAUAUGUUGUAACUUAGUGUGCUUCAAUGUAAUUCCUAGUAAGCUACAUAAAAUGCGAACUUACCUACAUACAUACAAUACAUACAUAUUACAUGUUUAACUAAAAUUCAAGUCAAGAAAAGUAGUGAAAUGAUCAUAAAAAGUCCUAACUUACGCACAUAAAAGUGUAUUAAAAAGAAAAACGAAAAAAGCGUUUAAACUUGCUGCUGCUAAAUAUAUUACACAGUUGCACAAGUUAUGUAUCCCUUUCUUUGAUUACUACUUACCUUUUGAUUGUUAAAAAUUAAAUUUUUAAUUUCGAUUUAUGUUUUAUAUAAAUCAAAAAUUUUGAAAAUAUAUAUUUCAUACUAAGUUAUAUUGCCGUAAAUAUUUACAGUAUAUUUUAGAUUAGUUUCAUUAUUCAUUAAAAUAUAAUCUAAUUUUUUUGAGUUGUUAUAAUGGUGUUAGGUGUGGUCGGUGACAUAAAAAAAUGACAAUUUGAAAUAUUUUUUUUUUGCUAGAAAAUUAUUGUAUUUUAUAAAAGUAAAAACAUACCAGCGUUAAAUACGGCUUCGACUUGACUUGACAGAAAUUUGGAAAUAAAAUUAAUAAUUUUUAAAGCAAUGGCUUUUUGUGUUGAUCCAGUUCCAAGACAAACAGAGAUUCAACUAAAAUCAACCGGACAAAAAAAAUUAUGUUUAUUAAUAAACAAUCUAGCGACUGAUCGAUAAAUUCUUUAUAAAAAAAUUGAAUCUAAAAAAAAACCCUUCGAUCAGGCAUUAGUUCUUCAUAUUUUCAAAAAGCUGUAUAAAUAUAUUCCUUUGCAAUCUACCAAGCGGCUUUCGAGCUACAGUGGUCACCAGUUCAAAAAACAUAGUUUUGGGAGAAUCGCAUUUAAAGUUUUACGCGAACGUUCCAGUGCGCCCGAGAAUCCUUUGCAUAUUAUCGAAUAACUCGAAAAAUAUUUGUCGAAUUCACUAUAAUUUUAAAUAAAUUAGAUAUUAUAAAAUACUUUAAGACAAUUAAAAAAAUAUCGAUUUUUUGAAAUAUCUGACUACCCCAAACAACUUAUAGACACGAAAUACUUUGAAUUGUAUGCAAUUUACUAAACUGUUCUUGUAUUUUAGCUGCAAACUGAAUAGUAAACCGCUUUUUUUAUGUUUUCUUGCUUACAAAAUUAAAUUGCCAGAUGGCAAAUACAAUUAAAGAAAUUUGAUGGCAAUAUUUAAUAAGUGUAUUAAUAUUAAUAUACAUAUAUAUGUUUUUCACAUUUUGCAUCACAUAUUUGUAUUUAUAAAUUAUUAUAUUUAUAAAUUAUUAUUAUACAUUUAAAGAAAAAAUAGCAGCUAUCUUCAUUUAAAUUGCCGCAAACAUCGCAAUUAGUUCGUUAUAUAAUUCGCUAACGUAUUAUUUAUUCCAUUUAAAUAAUAAUUUGCAUUUUUACUACUUUAGAUAUUAAACAAUUUAGUAGUGUCUAUAAUUUAUUUUAAUUAUCUUAUUAUUUUAAUAUUUUUUCUUUUAAAUCGAAACAAAGUCGCAGAUGACUUGAAGCCUUAAUUUUACAUAUAUCUUUAUUAAAAUGCAAAUGAAAAAUAGCUCUAGAUAUACAUACUGAUAUUCGAAUUACAAAUAUAUAAAUAUAUAUAUAAUAUAGGUAUGUUUUAUCCGUGCACAAUUGUCAUCUAUUUAUAUGAAUUAUUAUUAUCCUUAUAAUGCAUAGCUCUUGCCCAAAUUCACCAAAUUGAAUUGUGUUGACACUUUCUUUUAUUUUUGUUUAUGUUUUUGUUUAAUAAGUUUCUUUAUAUUUAUUGUGAUAUUAGUAUAAUUUCAUCACAAUUGAAAAUUAAUACGCUAUAACCUUAAACAGAUAUUAAAAGAAGCAUAUGUAUGUAUAUAUAUUAUAUGUAUACAUACCAUAGAUAUUAUCCACUCGCUGAAGAGGCGGCAAAAAGUUUGAAAAAGUUCAUUAAGAAAAUAAAUUCACUAUCUACAAUAAAA